UACCUCAUUCUACUGUAAUUCGUCCUAGGGUGAACAUUUAGCCUAAGCGGUUCAGUGAAUGUGACAUUGAAGUGAAAGCCGCAGCUUACACAGUAAUACUUUGCUUAAUCCAAGAAAACUCAAGUUUGACCUAUAAAUUUCUACAGAAACCUGAAAUUUUCCUGAAAUAUAGGCAUUCAGUGAAAAAGAAAAUUAAAAUCAUUAUUGAUCGUAAAGCUAAUUUACGCGAACAUAUUUUGUUUCGUCUCAACGGAGGCAAUUUCUCUAAAAACGUUCCAACAAAAGAGUCACCGCCACCUUCGCCGAGAUGGCGUUCAUGAUGCCAGUAGUGAAGAACGAUUGGGACAUAUACAACUCUCAAAGGUCCCGUCGAGCCUCAGAAUCGGCGGAGAAGGCGGGGUUCAACGUGGGAGGCAGGGUGCGGAAAAUAUCGGAGUCACGCUCCGAAGGCCCGGCGUUGUCACCACGAUCGGCAGGGCUCAGUCCUCACCGCAGCGCUCCGGCGAUGCGCUCGUUGUCGUACUGUCGCGCGCCUCACUCGCGAGUCUCGCUGCGUGCGGCGCCAGACAGCCCCAGCAAGGGUUCGGGUAGUCCGCCGGGAGGAGCGCGCGAGGAGAAGUUCCACAGCAGGUUGGUGGAGAAGUUGAAGCGGGCGCUCGGGCGCUCGGAGUCGCGGCGUGAAGAGAGGAGCUCAUGAGUUAACCCGUGCUUGUGUGCAGGGCGCGCGCAGAGUCACCGGAGCGACACUCGCGGUGCGGAGCGUGCGUGCCCUACCUGUGACGGUGAACCGUCGCGCCAGCGCCGCCACACUAUCUGUGAUAUGUUCCCGAUAGUGAAUUCCGAGUUGAGUAGACCAUUGAAUGUGCUCACUAACCGCCCAUCGUGUUGUGAACUGGAAACCCUACCGUCUGAAUAAAUCAAUACGAUAGUUUCAGGAAUUUCCGUCACACUUCGGUUUGCUUGCUUUGAUUGCUGCAUGUCUGUCUUUAUCGUACCAGGUUUUCAGUAUUAGAUUGUAACAGGACUGUAUGUUGUAUGAAUUUUAAGACUGCGUUUAGUUUAGUUAGGCCUUUGACUUGAAGUUUUAUUGUGUGACAUCGUUUCGAAGGUCGUUUAGAGUUUAUGGCAGUUCGCGAGGGGUAUCUGUGAUUUGUUAUGCGUAAGUUCGUUCAGCAAUUAUUUUACGUCGUAAAAAUAUAAAUUAUUUGUUGAAUAUAAUUAAAAAAAGAUGCAAAGAUUUGUUACCAAAAUUCACCAUUAAGCCAAGAAAUUUAGUAGCUGACUUAUGAAACAAAUGAUUGAGUUUGUAUGAAAUAGUGGUAUAUUUAUCUAAUACAUACUUACUAAAUAAGUGAAGUAUUAAGUAAUUUAUAAAUUAAUUUACAUAAAUAAACUGUCGAUAUUUGCGGUAGGCAUGAUUUAGAUUGAACAGGGUUCGGACUCGGUUCAGUGAAAACGGUAUUACUAUAACAGUUUUUGUUUGAUUUGUAUAAGUUUUUAAAUUAAUGUUCAGGAACCAGCCUUGUUGAAGCUUAAAUCUGUCAGUUUAACUGAAAUAUUUAGUGAAAUAUUGUCUAUUAUGGUGACAUCUGUGAGAUGCUGUAGGUUCGAUUUUUUUUAAAUAAGAAAAUUGUUUUAUAAAGUUCCUGAAUUUGGACUGCCAUAUAAUGUUUUAAAAUAAUAAAUAAUUCUAUCAAAAUUUUUAUGUCGUGCUGUAAUGUAAUUCUGUUACAUUUGUAUACUACAUGUCUACGUCUGAUGUUUGUACAUAAGUUUUUGGAUUCAUUUGUAAAUACAACUCUCUAUUUUAUGAAUGUAAACGCAGCAUAGUUCACAAGAUCUGAUUGUAUGUACAUCGUAAUAAUAUUUAAUAAAUGGCUUAAAACUGA